CUGUGAGCACAGACACACAAGCAAAGCAGCCAUUCAGCAGUGGGAUGGAUCCUGACUACUAAAGAGGAAGAGGGAGAGAGAGGGAGGCUGAAAGAGAGAGACAGAGAGCGCAAGAAAUGGGGGAGUGGUGGGAGAGAGAGAGAGAGAGAGGACGCGAGAAAGAGAGUGAAAGGCUCCACACGGCAGAAUAUAAAUCUGUAUGUUAACAGGACUAAAGCUUGGGGUCUUGAAGCGGCUUUAGUGGUUGUGCUGGUGGGGGGAAGCCAUAGAGCAUCAAGAGGUGGUCUUCCCUAUUAACUGAGGAUCUGUGCAAAUAAGGAAGUGGAAGCCGCGGAAUCUGUGAACGCCGGUUGUCAAGCACAGUGGUGGGCUGGUUGGAGGUCUCUGACCCCCUCAUUUUCAUUUCUGGAAGAAAAGAGAAGCGCAAAAGAGACACGAGAGAAAAAGGAAGGUGGCAGCGAGGGACCAGUGAGCCAUUUCUCUCUUUAUUACCUUCAUUCACAAAACCAUCGCAUCCCAUUAUCACAGCGAUGUAGAGGCAUUCUCUCCGAUUGGAGGAGGAAGGGUCCCAUUGACUGCUGAGGCUUAGCACCUCUCUCCAAACGCUAGCCCUUUUCAUUGCUGUCCCCCCUCCUCAUCUCUCGCUUCUAUCCUUACGUCUGCUGUUUUCUCUGUUCCCUCUUUUUCUUGUCCCUUGUAUUCUUGCUCCUUUUCACACCACUCAGGAAUCAGGCGGCAUUGCGUUUUGGUUGAAGUGGGUGUUUCUGUCAUUGUGUUUGGUGCCGCUACAAAGGACAGCUGAGCAGGGAGUGUGAGAGACAGCUUUGGAGAUAAUAAAACAGCAGCCUGAAAGAAAAAGGGGGGACCUGGGACUAAAGAAACAGCUGACAACCAAUGGAAUGCGAACUGUGAUGAAAAGAAAACUGUUACAGAGACUGACAACCAUUUUAAGGUAGCUAUUUAUUGAGACCAUAACCACUUCUGGAGGGAAUAAAGAAGCAGUGUACGAAACAAACACUGCUGGCUGGAUUCUCCUAUUCCUGUUGCUAAGCAAAGUCUCUAACCUGAAGUUCUUGGAGAGACGGUACUGAGCAUCACUCUACAGCCAUGAAAGGAAGCUCAGAGGAAAGCAUUGAAAGCGUCAGGCCCUCCAACCUGCAAGCUUUCGCUAACAUUUCCACCCUACAUGGCAUGAGUCACAUAUUCGCCUAUGGGCACAUGACAUUCCGUCGAUUUCUUUGGACUCUCUCGUUUCUGGGUUCACUAAGCUUAUUGAUGCUGGUCUGCAUGGAUCGAGUGUCAUAUUAUCUGGAGUACCCUCACGUCACCAAGCUGGACGAAGUGGCGGCAACAAACCUCACCUUCCCAGCAGUUACCUUCUGUAACCUCAAUGAGUUCCGCUUCUCCAAAAUCACCAGAAAUGACCUCUAUCAUGUGGGAGAGCUGCUGGCCCUCCUCAACAAUCACUACCAAAUAGCCAACCCACACUUGGCUGAGCCCGAGGUACUGGCUGCCCUAAAGGAUAAGGCAAACUUCCAGAACUUCAAGCCCAAACUGUUCAACAUGACUGAUUUCUAUAACCGAACUGGUCAUGACAUCAAUGACAUGCUGCUGCAGUGCACCUUCCGAGGAGAGGAUUGCUACCCGGUGAACUUCACCACAAUUUAUACACGCUACGGGAAAUGCUACACUUUCAACUCGGGAUUGGACGGCAACCCUUUGUUGACCACGUUAAAAGGUGGCACAGGCAACGGCUUGGAGAUCAUGCUGGAUAUUCAGCAGGAUGAAUACCUGCCUGUUUGGGGAGAGACAGAUGAGACGUCCUAUGAGGCCGGCAUAAAGGUACAGCUUCACACUCAGUCAGAGCCUCCUUUCCUCCACGAGCUGGGCUUCGGGGUCGCCCCCGGCUUCCAAACGUUUGUUUCCACCCAAGAGCAGAGGCUUCAGUACCUCCCACCGCCUUGGGGAGAUUGCAAAUCUACUCCCAUAGACUCUGAAUACUUCUCCACAUACAGCAUCACCGCAUGCCGCAUUGACUGUGAAACCCGGUACCUGCUGGAGAACUGCAACUGCAGGAUGGUUCACAUGCCGGGGACCUCCACAGUUUGCACACCUGAGCAGUACAAAGACUGUGCUGACCCGGCUUUAGACUUUUUGGUAGAGAAAGACAACGAUUACUGUGUCUGUCAGACCCCCUGCAACAUGACUCGCUAUGGCAAGGAGCUGUCCAUGGUUAAGAUCCCCAGUAAGGCAUCUGCUAAAUAUCUGGCUAAGAAAUUCAACAAAAGUGAGCAAUAUAUUGGAGAAAAUAUAUUGGUCAUGGACAUCUUCUUUGAAGCUCUGAAUUAUGAGAAGAUUGAGCAGAAGAAGGCCUAUGAAAUUGCAGGGCUUCUCGGUGACAUUGGAGGUCAGAUGGGACUGUUCAUUGGAGCCAGUGUUCUAACAAUACUGGAAAUAUUUGACUACCUAUAUGAGGUGUUUAAGGAUAAGGUUUUGGGUUACUUCAUACGCAAGAAACGACCACAGCGUUGUCAGAGCGACAAUCUGGAGUUUCCAGAGAACCCAACCAGCCCUGGUGUCACGCCUAAUCAUGCCCCCAGAGCACCUGUGACACCCUCCGGAGUCACUCGGACAGUCUCGGAUUCACGCCGAACAUGUUACCUCGUCACCCGACUUUAGGCAACUUCGAGGAAUUUGCUUGUUGACAACAUAAAGUAGGGGUUGCGGGUGGGGUGGCACAUCUGGGAACUUGACAGUAAACUGUGAAAUAAUUUAUGUAUUUAACAGAAAAAAAGGGUUGAGUGUAUACUCAAAAAUGCAUAGUACAGUUUAUCAAUGCCUGAAUAGAAAUAGAAUACUAUCAUCAGACAAAAAAAAGAGACCACUUCCAAAACAGAACUCAGGUUUAACUGCCAUGUCGAGGCAUCAAUGUUAAUUUAUUCAUGUUUCUAUUUGUUGAUUUGUUUUAUGUUAUCCGGUCACUUUAGAGUAUACAAUCAGUGAAGAUAAAUGUGUCCAAGAAAGGGAUUCUGACCUGUGUUGAGAUGAGUUAUACGUGAUACUGCUGUGAUAGUUUUGCUGUACAUCAAUCAAUUACAAAAAAACAAAACCAACAAAAAAAAACAGUGGAUUGGUAUGUGUAGCAGCAUUUAUUAUCAGUGUCUGGCAUCUAACCAAUGCUGUAAUGAGUGACCUUAUAUUAUACAUGUCACUAGUUUUAACAGAAGAGCCUUUUUAGAAAUCGGCUCCACUUUAUUGAGCUGAUUGUUGGUUAAAAGAGCUACUCUGACCUGAAUCUAAACACUCGACUAGUGUUUCAUGUUGCCUUUUGCUACUAUGAGGCUUUAAACUGUCUCAUGAAUUAGACGACUGUGCUUCAAUUUUACAAAAACAGAGGAGGAACUUGAUUAUUUGUACAUAUGCAAGUAUUAGAUAUAGUUUCCCAUGGAUCGUGGGAUGAGUGAGACUGCUGAAGUUGACGUUUUUGUGACUUUAGGUAUUUUUUUUUUACAAGCAGUAGGAGUCAGAGAAGAGAGUUGAGAGGCCAAAAAGGCAGUUGAUUGUAUGUUUAUAUAGCUGACAUUCAAUUUUCAUUACCCAUUUUUAGAUAGCGUUGCUGUGCUGACGGCCACAAAAAAAACUUGCUAGUAUUCAGCCAACUGUAAAAAUUGGCCCUUAUUUCCAUGAAAUUCAUUUAAACAGGAAGAUUGCAAAUUUCCUUUGCCUUUCUCAAUAAUUUUUCAUCACAGUGUCUUAAAGGUAUUCAUCAGCACAAUCCCCUGUGAUAGUAAUCUAUUCUCUAUUGAACAUAAGAGUUUCAAAGGCUUGCCGGUGACAUUCCUAAACUUGACAGAAAUUUGUAAAUACCCACAAUCAAAUGCCAUGAAGAAAUUCUACACUGCUCAUGUGAAACAUUUGUCAGACAUAUAUAUAUAUGAAUAUAGAUAUACAGUACAUAGAUUUAAAAAUAAAGGGUGUUUCUUCAUCUGUUCUUACACCAGAAGGAAUUUGCACUUUCUAUCUGGGCAGACCGUAAGUGUCUUUGAGUUUCUGGUGAUGACAACAUGACUGACAACUGAAUAGAUCUUAUUAGGUACAAGAGAAUUUGCCUCAAAACAUCCAAACCACCUCAGCCCCAUUCAGUUCGGUUGAUUUCUAUUAGAAAUGCAUUGUACAAUUUUACCACUGUAUCCUAUUAUUAUUAUUACAUUAUUAUUACAGAAUAUGUAAUGAGUCACAAAUAACAGUUUGUGAUGUAUAAAUGAUCAAGUAUAAUAAACUCUAUAUUUACCCACCUAACCCACGUACACAACUUUUCUUCUAAUCUUCGUGUCAGUCUACUUCCUCUCUUGUUAACGUUCACUCUGUGUUACUUAAAUCCUUGACACUACAGUUAUGGACUAUAAAUACUUUACUGGAAAUUCAGAGGACUUUUAUUCAUUUCAUUUCUUUUUACGUGAAACUUACAAGUAUAACGCCAGUCAAGUAAGUGGUGUUCAUAACACUGUAGCUUUAUUACUCUGUUGUCUGUGUUAGAUGACUGUUGAUGUGAAGCACAAACCCUUGGAGAUCAGCCAUCACUCGAAAGCCAAUGACCGGACGUCUAUGGUUGUGACUACCUUUUGUGGCUCUAGUUUUAACUACACACACUGUUACGCAUUGGUGUGCUCACAGCUCCAGCAUUAUCAGGAAUUAUGAGUGUAAUCCAGGCGGAGCCAGAGACCACCUCGUGGAGAGACUUUAUCCAAAUGGAAAUUUUACCUUUCUGGAAAGACGAAGGUAAAUCAGUGGCAUUGUGUCGAGAGCAAUAAAUGCACUGAAUCAAAUAUCACUAUAAUCAAAUUGACAUAAAAAAAAUAUAUAUUUCAUUUGGGAUUCCCAUUUUCAAUUCAUGACCUAUCCAACAGCUGGAAUGGAUGCAGAAGAAAAACAGUUGCCAACUGCAACCCUGGUGUAUGAUAUGAUAAUUGCAUAAUAACCGUUAUCAGCUAAAAAACACAGAUGCCAAUUGAUGAUACACAAUGAUGCUACUCUGAUGAUGCUGCAUUGCCCUGAUGAUUUUGAGUGUGUGUCAUGUUGUUGGGUUAAAAAGCAGAAAAACGACCCAACUUGACCGCAAACUGUGGAGAUAUGUCGGCUUUGUGAAAGUGUCCCGGGUCUUUACCUCUGUCUCCCCACCCCCUGCCUUACUACCAGUCAAAGAACAGCAGAGUGUAUCUGAGCUGGCAGAAACUAUUAGGCUACUCAACUAUUUAUGCUAAUUAAGUAGUCCUUAAUUGAUAUGUACCGCAUAGUUAUGGCCAAGUUUUAGAAAAAUACUCUAUAUAUUUCUGUCAUCCAACACUUGGAUUUGAACUAUUUUAUUCUAAUCGUUUACGGCACCCAUUUUCUUCCUUGCAUGACCAUUGUGUAUCCCUAUUAUCUCUGGUCUGUUAAUGUAAUAUUAGCUCUGCUAUUCACUUUGUAUUGUCCAAAGUGUAUUUAUGGAGCCAGAUGAAUCAAAAUGUUCUCCACAUCCCGUGGUACAAUGUCCUGGGUCUUUACAUCAAAAACCCUCCUCUAACCAGGCUUGGGAUCGCGUACUGCGCAACAAAAGAAUAAGCUAAUGCUAAAACUGCAACAUCGUCUUAACAGUUUCUAGGAAUUGAUGAAACACAGUGAGGGCUAGAAGUGAAAUUGUAAUGUGCCUUUAAGACUGGUUCUUACAGGUUCUUACAUCAAGAUUUUCCUACAUACACACACACACACAUUUGGAGAACUGGAGUUGCUUCAUCUGGCUCUACAUGCUCUAUGUGCAAUUUAUUGUAGAUAUGUGAUUUUAACUCUGAACUGUACAUUAAAUAGUUAAUACACACUUAA